UGCUGAGCAAACAGAAGGGCCGGGGCAAUGUCUGACCGCCGCCCCUUGCGCGGCUGAGCACGGGGACCGGCACGGCCCCUCCGACGUCACCUCUCCCUCCUCUGUCCCCCAGACUCGGCGGCGGGUGAGCAGCUGGGGACACGCAGCGAGGCCCCAGGGGACACCAGAGCAUCCAUCACCAGGGCCAUGGCAGCCCAGCCUGGUGGGGGCCAGAAGCCCUUCCAUGUCGUCUCACCCAUCCUGGAGAGCCUGCCCCUCUCCAAGGCAGUGGGCACCAAGGUCUUCAUGAAGCUGGAGAACGUCCAGCCCACGGGCUCCUUCAAGAUCCGGGGCAUCGGGCACCUCUGCCAGGAGGCUGCCAAGAAGGGCUGCCGCCAAUUCGUCUGCUCCUCAGGGGGGAAUGCUGGUAUGGCAGCAGCAUAUGCAGCCAAGAAGCUGGGGCUGCCCAUCACCGUGGUGAUCCCCAGCACCAGCGGCCCCAUCCCCAAGCGCAAGCUGGAGGAGCUGGGGGCGACCGUGGAGGUCUAUGGCAAGGCGUUUGAUGAUGCAAACAAGAGAGCCCAGGAGCUGUUGAAGAUGGAGGGCUGCGUCAGCAUCCACCCCUUUGAUGACCCCUUGGUGUGGCAGGGUCACACCAGCCUGGUCUGGGAGCUGAAGGACUCUCUGGAGACCAAACCAGAUGCCAUCGUGCUGUCGGUGGGUGGUGGGGGGCUGCUGGCUGGUGUCGUGGAGGGCCUGCACCAGGUGGGCUGGCAGGACAUCCCCAUCAUCGCUGCUGAGACCCACGGAACCCACAGCUUCCACGAGGCACUGAAAGCUGGCCGGCUGGUCACCCUGCCUGAGAUCACCAGUGUGGCCAAGUGCCUGGGAGCCAAGACAGUGGCAGCGCGGGCGCUGGAGUGUGCCCAGGAGUGCCAGAUCAUCUCCCAGGUGGUGGAGGACACAGAGGCUGUGAGGGCUGUGGAGCAGUUCCUGGAUGACGAGAGGAUGCUGGUGCAGCCGGCGUGCGGGGCCGCCCUGGCCACGCUCUACACGGGGCGGCUGCAGCGGCUGCAGCGAGAGGGGAAGCUGCGGACCCCGCUGGGCUCCGUGGUGGUCGUGGUCUGCGGGGGCGGCAACAUCAACACGGCACAUCUGCGAGCCCUGAAGAGCCAGCUGGGGAUGGAGUGACACCCACCCCGAGGCAGGGGACGCGACAGAGCCUGGCUGGCACCCUCUGCUUGCUUUCCCUCCGAAAUAACCAAAAUAAAGCCUGGUGGACGCAG